CACAUUAACAGCUUAGCACAGCAGAAGCAGCUCCUACUGCAUCCAGCAGCCAGCAUCCAUCCCUGCCUGGGGAGCAGCAGUCCUACCCGGCGCAGCACCGACGCACGGAGGGGGCGCAUCAUCUGAGUGAUGCCACAGCAUCAGUCGCAUUUCGACGAGAAACACUGACAAGAUCCAAAAGGAGGAAGAAAAUCGCUUCAGCCUCGAAGACAGCAACUGCUCAUGAAGAUGUCUAACGCUGACAUCGUCUUAAACCCCACCGAUCGGGUGGUAAAAUCUGUCCCCUUCCCCUUGAGCCACCGCCUUACAAUGAAGGAAGUGUUUGACUGUGAAGGAAAACCUCGUGUUGAUCUCCUGAAGGCUCACCUGACAAAGGAGGGCCGCGUGGAAGAAGCCGUGGCUCUUCGAAUCAUCAACGAGGGAGCAGCCAUCUUACGUCAGGAGAAAACUAUACUAGACAUCGAAGCCCCAGUCACAGUCUGUGGAGACAUCCAUGGGCAGUUUUUCGAUCUUAUGAAGUUGUUUGAAGUGGGAGGAUCACCAGCCACAACAAGGUACCUGUUCCUGGGAGACUAUGUUGACCGUGGCUACUUCAGUAUUGAGUGUGUUUUAUACCUUUGGUCGCUCAAAAUCCUCUAUCCAAAGACACUAUUUUUACUUCGUGGAAAUCAUGAAUGUAGACAUUUGACAGAAUAUUUCACCUUCAAACAAGAAUGUAAAAUCAAGUACUCAGAGCAGGUGUAUGACUCAUGUAUGGAUGCAUUUGACUGCCUUCCCCUGGCUGCUCUCAUGAAUCAACAGUUUCUGUGUGUCCAUGGUGGACUCUCACCUGAAAUACACACCUUAGAUGACAUUAAAAAGUUGGAUCGGUUCAAGGAGCCACCAGCUUUUGGGCCCAUGUGUGACCUGCUGUGGUCCGAUCCUCUGGAAGACUUUGGUAAUGAGAAAACCCAGGAAUAUUUCAGCCACAACACAGUGCGAGGCUGCUCCUACUUCUACAGUUAUCCAGCUGUAUGCGAGUUCCUACAGAGCAAUAACCUAUUAUCAAUUAUCAGAGCACACGAAGCGCAAGAUGCUGGCUACCGGAUGUACCGUAAAAGUCAGACCACUGGAUUCCCAUCCCUCAUCACCAUCUUCUCAGCGCCAAACUACCUGGAUGUUUACAACAACAAAGCCGCUGUGCUGAAAUAUGAAAAUAAUGUCAUGAACAUUCGACAGUUCAACUGCUCACCACAUCCCUACUGGCUUCCCAACUUCAUGGAUGUCUUCACUUGGUCUCUGCCAUUUGUUGGAGAAAAAGUCACAGAAAUGUUGGUGAACGUGCUAAGCAUCUGCUCUGAUGAUGAACUCAUGAAUGAUGAAGAUGAGAUUUUUGAUGCCAAUGCAGCUGCAGCACGCAAGGAGGUGAUUCGAAAUAAGAUUCGUGCUAUUGGCAAAAUGGCCAAAAUGUUCUCAGUUCUCAGAGAGGAGAGUGAAAAUGUGUUGACACUUAAGGGCCUGACGCCCACUGGCAUGCUGCCAAGCGGGGUUCUUUCUGGAGGCAGACAGACACUGCAGAGUGCCACCAUUGAAGCCAUUGAAGCCAUCGAGACGAAUGAUGAGGACAGAGAAGCUAUUCGUGGAUUCUCCCCUCAGCACAAGAUCACCAGCUUCGAGGAGGCUAAGGGCUUAGACCGCAUCAACGAACGCAUGCCACCUCGCAAGGAUGGGGUGAACCAUGUGGGUCACUCCAUGGGCAAGAUGAAUAUGUCAGAGGCAAACGGCACAGAAGACAACAGCAACAUCCAGUGAUGUGCUGUCUGAGCCUCACAACCGUGCUGCUGUUGCGCUGUGCAGCAAGACUUUGCUAAAUCGGAAAUUCAGGCCUCAGAACAUAGAACUAAAACAGGCCCACAGGUAGAACAUGAAAUCUGCAGCAAAUCUAAAAACGGGCAAAAAGGUCAUUUAUUUUAUGACAGUAUGUCAUUGCACAGUUGGGGGAGGGGGAGCUGGGGUUCACAGCAAAGGGCAGCAAUAAAGAGAGACCCACAGGCUGCAGCUUGACUGCAAAGAAUUGUGGUUGAAAGUUGUCUCUGACUGUUGUUCCCUUUCUCAAUUCAAUUACAGACUGAAUUGUUGGGGGUUUUGUUGUUUUUGAGUGCUGAUAUGCGUGCUCCUUUAUUACAGGGCCUGACAGAAGACAUAACUGCAGUAUCCAUGCCACACAAAUCAUUUUACUGUUUUAUAAAGUAUUUAUUAUUAAUAACUCACAAAUUCACUUCAAGAGGAGGAGGAUCUUCUUUAUCUACAUGUUUUGAUAGUUUUAGAUCACAUCACUUUGUGAGCGAAAAAGCAAAAAGAAAGGAAAAAAGCAAAAAUGAAAACGUGUCCAUCUUCAAACUUGCAGCAUGCUGUCUUACCAGUGGACUUAAAAUUGAUUGAUUUACUUUUUACAAAGACAUUGUCAUUCUGCAGGAAAAGAGGACAGGGUGCACAUAUGUGCUCACAACUCUAACAGCCAAAGCCAUUGUUGUCUGAGAUCAAACUCCACCUCGGAUAUGUCUCAAUAAUCCCCAGCAGUGCAUCUAUUCAUAUUCUUCAUCAUCAGCCAUCUCCCGGAAAACAUAACCUGGAGGGGAUGAAAAGAGCAUUUGGGAAACAGUUCAACUCCUUACUGAAAGUAAUCACAAAUUAAACACCAAGAUUUGACAUCUAAAAAUGUUACACAGUCCCUUGUAGAUGGGCAAAUUAAUCAAUGUGUGCAGCUGAAUCUCAGUGGGUUUUAUUUCUUUCUAGAUCAUUAACAGUUAUUUACCACAAUUUUAGUAACAGUUUAAAUCAGAAUGGCAUCACAUUUAAUACAGAUUUACCUCACAUGAUCAAACAUCUGUAUACAUUUAAUUUUUUGGGUAAUAUACAUUUUGCUGAUGGCUGUGGAUCAUUUAAUUUCUUCUGCAUGAACACCAGUUCCUGGAAAUUGACUAAAUGAUUUUGAAUGUUGGGACAUACCCUGCCAUCAGUACACUAAACUAUUAUUUCUCACCUGCUUCUUGCUAAAUAUAUAAUAAGAAUAUGUGCAAUCACUCCAGUGUACAUCAGCAUCCUAUGAGGUUUUGCACUUUUUGCUGUGCUGCAAAUUCAGAGAUUUUAUGCUACACAAAGCACUCUUAUCAGAUGGAGGAGGACGUUCUAGACAUUUGUGAAUUCAUUAAAGUCAUUUUUAAACAGGCUAUUUAGCAACCACAUCUGUCAUCAUAACAGCUGAUCUUUUCCGUGUCUUACAGACUUUAAUUUCUGAUUUUAGUCCAAGCCAGAAUUUAGCUAAGCAAAACUACUGAGACAAAAUGUGUUUUCAUUUAAACUAAAAUCUAUCAAGGUUUAAUGCAAGGCUAUCAAAAGAAUUUCAGUUAUGAAAACUGAACACAGGCUUAUGAAUUGAUUAUAAAAUAACAUAUGGGUAGUGUUUAACAUUUUAGUCUUUGAUUCUUAUUUUUGAAUACAUUUCUGUCAUUUAAUCUAACUUCACUGUGGAAUACAGUGCAGAAACUAGAUAAGAAAAAAACCUUCCCGACAGGCGAAACCACACUGUGAUCCAAAAAGAGCAUCAAAAUAUUGUAACAUACGUCUAGUAGUAAAACGUCUUUUUUUGGUUUGAUGAAGUAGGAAAAAAUAAUUGAAAAUUGAAAACAUUUUGGCUAGUUCAAAAAAUAUAAUAUGGAAAAGGUUAAUGUCCAUGAAGCUGUAGUAUAAACAAUGAAUUUCUAGAAUUUCCUGUCAUUCUUUAAUAUUUUUUCUAGCUUAUAUUCCAUCUUUCUAUUCAAUGACAAACGUAUGUGAAUUCAGGAUGGACAAAAAGUGACUUCUAACACAGCAUCUAUGGUAUGGAACGCAUCAAUGCAUGCAAUUAAGUUCCUAAUUGUUAUGUGAGAUUAUAAUCGUGAUAGUUGUGUUUCAAAUAGUAAACUUGAAUUAAUUUAUUUUUGGAAUUAUAUUUGUAGUUUUAUUUGUCUUGUUUUAUAAAUUUUAUAAAUAGGCUUCCUUUACUUGUUUUAGUCCAUUUUUUUCUUACGUUAUUUAUUACCACUGCUUUUAAUUUUAUAUUGAUUCAUUGUAUGCAGAGAUGCCCUUCUAAGGUGUGAAGCCUUGUGUUUCUAUUUCUUCUGUUGUACUGAUGUACAGAAAAUGUUCAAUAGUGUGAAUGAAUAUAAUCUCAGUGAAAAGCAACUUGUCAGGCUGCCAAAGCAUGAUAGCAUGAUUUUCAAAUGUUAAUGAAAUGGACACAAAGAAAAUCAGGUGUCACACUUACAUUUAACAGGAAACAUUGUAUUCUGGUUAUAUUUACUGCUGAUAUUAUUAUUGUUACAAUUAAGCUUAUGGUUAUUUUCCUUCCUCCGUUACUGUUUCUUGUAUGGUUGACAUGCAUACUUCAACAAAGAAAUAUAAUGGAUUUUAUUUUGCAACAUCUUUUUUAUUAUCUAUGGAAAUAUGUUUUGGCAUUUGACUUCCUAAAUAAUACACACAUUGUAAGCAUGCCCUAUGGGACAAAUCACAUUUUUUUACUCUUGAAUAAAAUAUGCAUGAACAA